UCAAAUUAGUUUUCUCCUGAUUUCAUGUUCGGGCUUCGUUUUCAAAACAAAUAUCUGCGAAUUACUCAAUAUAUUUGUAAUAAUAAUUGAGCUCGCGAAUCCCAUUAUCAUGAACUAUUAAACUGUAAAUUGGCUACAAGUUGCAAGAUGACCGACGAAAGGAACUUUCGUUCGUCGUACUACGAAAAAGUCGGAUGCCGGGGAGUCGAGGAAAAGAAAUCGCUUGAAAUAUUGAUGAAAGAGAAACCUUGGGAUAAAGUUAAGCUGAAACAGUUUUGUUUGAGGUUCACAGUGCCUGCUGCGUACAGAAAUUUGGUAUGGAAAGUCUUAUUAGACAUCCUGCCAGUAUACCCUGACUCCCACCAAUACGUAAUGGAACAGCGUACGGAGCAGUACCAGGACCUGCUGUAUGCUGUUGAGAUGCUCGAGCUGGUGGACAUGGACGCUCCUCGCAGUGAAGUCUUGUUCGAGAUGUGGCUGCUGGAAAAUGAAGAGAGAAAGCCUCCGAUGUUCCCGGAGACAAACUUUUCUUCUGCAGACACAUUCCUGCCGAUAGUGAAGACUCUUCUAGAACUUUAUGAUGAUGAGGUGGAUGUGUACUGGCUGGCAAAAACUCUGACUGAAGUAGUGAGGAGCAUGCAGAGGGAACUGCCCAAGCUGAAGGAAGCCUUCAUGACCAUGCUGGAGAAGGAAGAUGGGGAACUGUUUAAUCACCUGGUCGACAUAAAUGCUUUAGAAGUGUUACCACUCACAAAAUGGUUCAACUGUUGCUUUGCUGGGGUUUUGGAUGACACUUCUCUUACCAAAAUAUGGGACAAGAUAUGCAGUGGGGCACCAAAGAUACUGUCUUUUGCGGCCGUUAUGCUGGUCGUAACGUUACGCAGAAAUAUACUACGCUCCAAGAAUGCUGAAGAAGUUAUUAAAUGUGUAUCACAGAUACCAGAACAAUGUGAAGAAGUAGUAGCUAACAAGGCGAUUGAACUGUGGCAGUACUACGGAGCACAGCCACAGAGUGACACCCUAGCCAAGAAAUGAUGUAUGACCUUCUAAUGGGGUGACCUCAUUAGAAGGAAAAUGGACUGUCUACGAGUGUAUAUGUCUAUGGCAGCUUAGCUUCUCAAGUUGUGGACACGCAGUGGCUUUUGUUGGAAUUUAAUUAUAAAAUUGUUGAUUUUUUAUAUUAUAUUUAUAGGAUUCUAAUAUAACUUCAAUAUUUAUAGGAGAUAUACAUAAUUUAUGAACGUAGUUUCAAAAGCUGUUAAAUGGAUCUUGUAGUUUUGAAAAGUACAUGAAUUUUGGCUUGUGACUGUGUGGUGCCAGAGAGAUCUUCGGUGUUGUAUUAAAGGAGACCCUUUCCAUAGAGGCCAUUAUUUUAGGCCUUAGUAAAAUAAGAUAGUAUUUCCUACCUUCUUCAUAAUAACGACUUAUUACUAUCUUGUAUGUAUGUAUUACCUUUGUAAUAAUUGGCUAUGUGAACUGUAAAUAAAAUCUUUUAUGCCUGAAUAA